AUGGCGGAGGCCGUUUUUAAGCAUAAGGUCAAAGAACUCGGAUAUGAUGAUCGUUUCGAUGUGAUAGACUCUUUUGGUACAAGCGGUUGGCAUAUUGGCGAAAGCCCUGACUCAAGGUCUGUCAGUACUUGCCGUAAACACGGUGUCCCUGUCAAUCAUCUGGCACAGCAAAUUUCUCCAGCUGAUUUUUCUCGCUUUGAUUAUGUGAUUGCAAUGGACCAGUCCAACAAGGAAGAUUUAAUGCACAUGAAACCGAGGGGAAGCAAAACAAGGGUAGCCAUGUUUGGCGAGUGGAAAACAGAUGACCAGUUCAACACCAUUGUGCUGGACCCUUACUAUGGGGGUCGAGAAGGUUUUGAGGUCAAUUUUAGACAAAUUAGUCAUUUUAGCGAAGAAUUCUUGCGCCAAGAGUUAGGAGCUUAG